AUGGAAGAGAUGAGUAACAAGAAGCGAGUCCGUGACGACUCGGACGAGUCACCUGAAGUGAAGAGACUCAGAGAGGACAUUCUCAAUGAUCUGGAUGAUCCGGAUCAAUGGACGGGAACCGAGGAUCUGAACUUAUUUAUGAAGAGGUUUGAAGAAGAGAUUAAGGGCGUUCCACCGUGUGUGAAUUUUGAGAAUCUGACGUCAGAUUCCGGCAAGUUACAGCUGGAUCUCGUCGACCUGUUUGAAGCAUCUGACGAUGAACUCGGCCUCCCUCCAUCAAAUACAUCGCCAAUCGAGGUUCAGAAUCAGGAGGAGAUCUCGUCGUUAGAACUCAGUGAGUUAUGGUGGUUUGACGUUCAGAUCACAAGCUAUGACUCGUUUGUGUCUUCUGGAAUCGGUACUACCGAUGGGCAUAACACCGAGUGUGUGGAUUUUGAUGAAUUGUUUGAUUAUUCGGAUCUUGGUUCUGCUUCAUCUAUUGUGGCGGUCUGA